AUGCUCGCAACGUCGACGAGGCCUGCGCCGAAUGCAGGUUCGAAUGGCAAGCCCGCCUACCAUACGGUAACCGCUUUGAAGAGGUGGUCCUGCGAUGACAAGGACCUGCCCGCCGCGUCCGAUAUCAAAGCGAUCCAUGUGUACGACUUUGACAAUACCCUAUUUGCAAGCCCGCUUCCGAACAAGCAGAUAUGGAAUGGCUCGACGGUCGGCCAACUGGCAUCGCCCGAUGUCUUCGUAAACGGAGGCUGGUGGCACGAUUCGAGCAUACUCGCCGCAACCGGUGAUGGCGCAGUCAAGGAAGAGCCCCGAGCGUGGAGAGGGUGGUGGAACGAGAGCAUCGUCACGCUGGUCGAGCUCACGAUGCAGCAGAAAGAUGCGCUCAAUGUGCUGCUCACCGGCCGGUCAGAGUCUGGUUUCGCCGACCUCAUCAAGCGCAUAGUAAAGAGCAAGAAGCUCCACUUCGAUAUGGUUUGCCUGAAGCCAACCAUUGGCCCGGCCGGCCAGAAGUUCAGGUCGACCAUGGAGUUCAAGCAAGAGCUUCUGAAAGAGAUCGUCUACACAUACAAGGACGCAGAGGAGAUACGGGUCUAUGAGGAUCGGGUGAAGCACACUAAAGGCUUCCGUGACUUCUUCUUCCAGUUCAACAAGGACCUGAUGUCAGGCGCAAUUCAACCGGCGCGAAAACCCAUCGUCACAGAAGUCGUCCAGGUUGCAGAGAACGCCACGCAGCUCAACCCAGUGUCCGAGAUCGCGGAGAUCCAGCGCAUGAUCAACUCCCACAACCUGCAGGUUAAGGCCGGUAGUGCCCCGCCUGGAACACCGCCGUACCAGAUCAAGAAGACUGUCUUCUACACUGGAUAUAUGAUACCGAGCGCUAUGACGGAGAAGCUGGUCUCGCUCGUAAAGCUGCCUCAAGGCACACCCGAAGGCGACAUUCGGUACCUUGCUAACAGCAUACUGAUCACGCCCAAGCCGUGCCCGAAGAGCAUCCUUGACAAGGUAGGUGGCAUUGGCGCUAAGGUUAUCUGGAAAGUGACAGGAGUAUCAUGCUUUGAGAAUAAGCUGUGGGCGGCUCGUGUUGAGCCCGUCCCGCGCUCAGCGAAGUAUUACUCUGAGAAUCCGAUACCAACCGUCGUAUUAGCGAUCCGCAAAGGUGGAAGGCCGGCGGAAGCGGCCCGCAUUCAGAACUGGCAUCCGGUACCGGAAGAGGAGUCUUACAUGUUCGAGAGCGUCGUCGGCGAGAAAGUCGUGUUGCGUAUCGAGGAAGAACAGGCCGACGAGAGCGAGUGGGAGAGCUACUUCCCGAACAAAACAUAUCACAAGCGAACACGAGAAGAAGAACCAGGGAAUGGAUAUGCGAGGGACUCCAGGCCGCACUACCCGCGUGGUACUGACGAUAGGCGCCCGAAUGCUUACCGAGGUGGCAAUCGAGAUCGCGGUCGGGGUGGUCACCGCAAUCCAUCGUAUGGCUCCAGAGGCGGGAGGGGUGGCGCUGGAUAUCGUGGAGACCGAGGCGGAGGUCCCCGAGGACGAGGUCGUGGGGGCCCAUCGCAGUACAGAAGUCUUGACGACGUGGACAGGAGCUACGGUCAGCCAAACUACGACGAUCCAGAUCGCUAUUAUUGA